AUGUCUCACCGGCUGCGCCUGUACUUCAGCUCCGGCCGCAGCAACACGGCUCCCGAGCUACAGGAGCUGGACGAAGACGACAAUGGCAGUGCUGAUUCUAAUGAAAGACAUUGUACCGGUUCUGGUGCAGGCACCAUGCUGUUCCACAUGGGGCCUAGGAAUCUUGCACUAGAAGAAGAGGGUGCUCCUGGCCCGGCUGGGGUUUCUGACACUUUACUGAAACGCAGCUCAUCUAUGUUCAUCCCACAGCUCCAGAGCCAAGCAGAACCGCGUCCCACCAAGAGCUCAUCAAUGCAGAUAUCCCUCCAGCGCUCGGCUACAUCCCAGGAAGAUGGACAGCCCACGGAUUCACCUCCCGGUUAUCCCCAGGAUCCAGCUCCGGCCUACACAGAACCUGGGGAAGGAUGGUCUAACCCUCCACCUCCUCCUUACUAUAGAAGAGAGAGUCCACCUAACCUGAUAGUGGACCAGACAAGAUAUGGCAGUGAGCCUGGCCAUCCUAAGAGAAGAGUCUUCUGUGUUAGGCCUUAUGAUGUUCAGAAAACACACUCCACUGUUGGAAUUCCUAAUGGAGGACCUCCAGGAAGCUGCAUUGGUGGAUUUUGUAUCCAGCAAAAUGCAGUUACAAAUGGCUCAGACGUCCAGCAGUUCACAAUAAUGCCCUAUGCUCUAGACGGCCAAAAUGGUGCUUGCCGCUGGUCCGUCCAGCCAACCACAGAUGGCACUUCUGGUACCCGAAGAUUCGUCUUCCAGCUUCAACAAGACAGAGGAACGUCUAUGAAUUCAAACGGCCAAAGAGAGGUGACCAGUCCCAGCCUCACUGGCUCUAAAAACUGCUGUGAAGGACAUUACCCCCGAAUUCGGCUGGAGAGGAGCACAUCUCAGCCCAUACAGCCUAGAACAAUCCCUUCACGUCCUGGAUCCAUGCCUGACCUUCAUGCUCCCAUAUCAGAAAUGGAGACCGAGAACGAGGUGGUUGAGGAUGUUUCCCGAAGCUGCACAUUUAAGAUCAGAAAAGAACAGAACCCAAGGCAGCCUAAGUUUAAGAUCUAUUUUAGUCAAGGAGGCAACCACAGGUCUAACUCGGUGCAGGAUAUUAGCCCUGGAAAGGGUCAAAACUGGAACAGCCCACAGGGACACUUUGGUCACGAUCGACCCAAGAAUGGGCUUUUCCACCUUGGACAGACCAGAGAUGACUUCCUUGGACAGGUGGAUGUUCCUCUUAAUCAUCUGCCGACUGAGGAUCCAGCGAUGGAGCGGCCGUACACGUUUAAAGACUUCCUGCUGCGGCCUAGAAGUCAUAAGUCUCGGGUGAAGGGUUACCUGCGGUUGAAGAUGGCCUACCUGCCUAAGAAUGGAGCUCAGGAGGAGGACAGCACUGAGAUGAGGGAGGAGGCAGAGGGUUGGGAUGUUGAUGCUGUGGAUCAUGGCUCGCGGAGACCUCAGCAGCUCCUGCCUCCAUUACCUCCGGGCUGGGAGGAGAAGGUCGACAAUCUCGGCCGGACUUACUACGUCAACCACAACAACCGCACCACGCAGUGGAAAAGACCCAGCGCUGUUGAUGUGGUGUCAGAGACGGAGAAUGAUAACCAGCAACGGCAGAUUAAUCAGGAAGCUCACAGAGUGUUUCGCUCCCGCCGCCAUAUCAGUGAGGACCUGGAGAACGAACACCUUGACCCCAGAGACCUGGACGAUUCGUGGGACCCAAUCACUGAAGAGGACCCGACCCUGAUGGGCGAGGCUAUACCUGGCCCCUCCUCUGCCACACCCAUUCACAACCAGUACAGCACUCCGGAGUUUUCCGAGGAAAUCAGCUUGAGGCUGUCACUCACCCCAGACACCAACGGAGAAAUCCCUGGAACCAGCACGGCUGGGUCACUCCUCUCAUCCAGACUGCGUUCCUCCAGUAUGACCGAUGGCGUCAGUGACCAGGCCCAGCCUCCCCCUCCAAUGCAGAGCUCCCAGUCCAGACGAUCCCGAGCCCAAACGGUCACAGGCGUAGAGGAGCAUAUGUCUCCAUCAGCAGUGUAUGCUGCCACCACUCCAGGCUUACCACCGGGCUGGGAGGAAAGGAAGGACGCUAAGGGCCGAACAUAUUACGUUAACCACAACAACCGUAGCACCACGUGGACGCGGCCCAUUCUACAGCACACUGAAGACGGAGCCAGUUCCUCUGCCGGAGCAACAGGUGGCGUUACCCCCUCCACCCCCUCAACCAGCGGCCAUCUGAGCGAACCCCAAAUGCGUCGCCCCCGUAGCCUCAGUUCCCCCACAGUCACCCUCUCCACCCCCCUAGAGGGAGCCAAUAACAUCCAGCUGCAGCGGGCAGUGAAGGACACACUGUCAAACCCUCAGUCACCUCAGCCUUCACCCUACAGCUCCCCCAAAUCCCAGCACAAAACCACACAGAGCUUCCUGCCCCCUGGCUGGGAGAUGAGGAUCGCCCCCAAUGGCAGACCCUUCUUCAUCGACCACAACAGCAGGACCACCACCUGGGAGGAUCCUCGUUUGAAGUACCCUGUUCACAUGAGGACUAAAGGACCACUGGACCCAGGUGACCUCGGCCCACUUCCCAAUCUUCCAGAGGAGCCUGGGUGGGAGGAGCGAGUGCACGCAGAUGGAAGAACCUUUUACAUCGACCACAACACCAAGAACACCCAGUGGGAAGACCCUCGUCUACAGAGUCCUGCCAUCACUGGACCUGCUGUUCCCUACUCCAGAGAGUUCAAGCAGAAGUAUGACUACUUCAGAAAGAAGUUAAAGAAGCCGGCUGAUAUUCCUAACCGGUUUGAGAUGAAGCUCCACCGGGGGAAUAUUUUCGAAGAAUCGUACAGGCGGAUAAUGUCUCUGAAGAGGCCGGAUGUGCUGAAGGCUCGUCUAUGGAUCGAGUUUGAGUCAGAGAAGGGGUUAGAUUAUGGAGGUGUGGCCAGAGAGUGGUUCUUUCUCCUCUCCAAGGAGAUGUUUAACCCUUAUUAUGGACUGUUUGAAUACUCAGCCACAGAUAACUACACUCUUCAGAUCAACCCCAACUCAGGCCUCUGCAAUGAAGACCAUCUCUCAUACUUCAAGUUCAUUGGCCGCGUAGCAGGCAUGGCUGUUUAUCAUGGCAAACUAUUGGACGGUUUCUUCAUCCGACCCUUCUACAAGAUGAUGCUGGGAAAGCAGAUCACAUUGAAUGACAUGGAGUCAGUGGACAGCGAAUACUACAACUCAUUGAAGUGGAUUCUGGAGAAUGACCCAAUGGAACUGGAUUUGCGGUUCUGCAUCGAUGAGGAUAAUUUCGGACAGACGUACCAGGUGGAUCUGAAACCAAGUGGUUCGGAUAUGGUCGUCACCAAUGACAACAAAAAGGAGUACAUCGACUUGGUCAUACAGUGGAGGUUUGUCAACAGGGUCCAGAAACAGAUGAAUGCCUUCAUGGAGGGAUUUACAGAGCUCAUCCUCAUCGACUUAAUCAAAAUCUUUGAUGAGAAUGAGUUGGAGCUGCUGAUGUGUGGUCUGGGGGAUGUGGAUGUUAACGACUGGAGGCAGCACAGUGUCUAUAAGAAUGGCUACUGCCCAAAUCACCCGGUCAUUCAGUGGUUCUGGAAGGCUGUGUUAUUGAUGGAUGCUGAGAAGAGGAUUCGUUUGCUACAGUUCGUCACAGGAACGUCCAGAGUGCCCAUGAACGGCUUCGCUGAGCUCUACGGUUCAAAUGGGCCGCAGCUGUUUACCAUCGAGCAGUGGGGGACGCCAGACAAACUACCCCGUGCUCACACAUGCUUUAACCGGCUGGACUUGCCGGCCUAUGAGUCGUUUGAUGACCUGAGGGAGAAGCUGCUGUUGGCAGUGGAGAACGCCCAGGGCUUUGAGGGAGUGGACUAGAGGGAUGGCCACAAAAACAUCCAAUUUGCCAACACAGACUGUACACAACACACACACGCUGCCGUCAUAUGGCCGAAGCCAAGCGCCUGAAGCAGCAUCAUCACAACAGUAAUGCAUGUGUCCGUGUGCCGAGGAGCCAGUGUGGACUCGCAUAGAGACGCACAGAGACUUUUAGUAGACAAUAGAGCACUCAGCAGAGUCCUUUAAUACUUGUCUCUCUCUCUCUCUCUCCUCAUUUUUGCUGUCUAUUUCUGGUGCUUUCUUCUCCUACUGUCUCUCUCUUCAUCUUUCUGUCUACCUGAAUCACUCUCUCAUUCUUUCUUUUUUGUGCAUUUUUUGUCAGUUCAUCUUUUUUCUUGUUUUCUCUAUUUCUAUUUCCUUUC